AACAUGUGGUCAGAAAACACAAAGUCAACAAAUUAAUGUCACCAAAAUCUACGCAAAAAACAAAGUAUCAGACUUAAAGAAUACAAAUGAGGACGGGAAUCAGUUCUUAUCCUUCCAAGAAGCUAUGAAAAUAAUGUUGAUAUACGGACAAUGUUUGGGACUUCUUCCUGUUUCCGGAAUUUUUGAAAAAGACGUAACAAAGAUGCGAUACCGCUGGUUCACAUGGAAAGUUUUUUACAGCUUGGCUAUAGGUUUUUUACAAGGGACCGCUGCUAUUUUGUGUGUUGAAAAUAUAAUAAACCUAACCUUUACUAUCAGAGGACUAGCGCACAUUUUCUUUUACCUCAUCACUUGCAGCUGUACGUUCAUGUUUCUUCGAGUCGCCGUUAAAUGGCCGUCUUUAAUGAAAGAACUUUAUAAUUGCGGUCUUCAGUACUACAUUGACCCUAAGACAAAAUCGAAGUGUCACUGGGCUUGUUAUUUCAUACUAUUUCUCGCUAUAUAUAUAUUUAUUAUUUGUAUAAGCAUCUACUUGAGCUCUAUAUUAAAUUCGAUUAUAAAAAAAAUUGACUCAGUUUAUAAGAAUAAUUACCUUCCACCGUCCUUCUGGCGCAGUUUACGCGAAGAUUACAAUCGAGCUACACAAUUGGUCCGAUCGUUUGAUGACAGCAUUAGCGGCGUCGUCUUCAUAUCCUAUGCCAAUAAUAUGUUUUUUAUAUGCCUCCAACUUUAUUAUAGUUUGGGCAAUGGUUUGAAAGGAAGACAGAACUAUUUCAGGACCGCUUGUCCAAACUAUCCAAGUGGACCGUUCGGAGGUUACGAAGCUUCAAUCUACUUGAUAUAUACUGUUGCAUUCAUAUUUUCAAAAUUUCUUGCUGUCUCGCUCAUCACCUCUGACGUGCACACUUCUUCGAUGAAAGCAGCACCUGCACUGUAUAAUAUAGCUUCAUCUAUGUAUUGUGAAGAGAUACAAAGGUUCCUCGAUCAAGUUCAUAGCGAUACUGUUGCAUUAAGUGGUUUCCAAUUCUUUUACGUCACCAGGGAAAUAAUUUUGUCCGUUGUAGGAACGAUAGUUACCUACGAGCUGGUGAUGUUACAGUUUGGCAGCUAGAGUAACAACUAAUUGAAGGACUCCGCUACACUACAAGAUUUGAUCUAAGUUUUCUCAUUAACGUUUCAACUUAACACAAUAUGUGACUUGAAUGUCUACGAGGAUUCCAAGAUUGGUAUAGAGUUUGCGUGAGGACAUGAUUUUGAUAAUUUAAUACCGUUUAUGCAUUUGUGGCUAUUUUUGUCCUAUUCAAAUAUCGCGUAUGCAUCAGCUAAUGUACUUUUGCACAGAAUCUGCUUAUCGAUAUUGACAGGCAAUCCUUGUACUUAUUUGUUUUCGGAAUUGCUAACUUAUUAAUAAUAUUAAUAUAGACUUAUUUAACUAAAUUAUUAAAGAUUAUGCUUUUUCUAACAUACUAUCUAAUAAUGGAAAUAUGCUGACAUUAAUUACACCGUUUGUAAAAAAAACACCGAAAUUUGAGUGUUAAUGUGUUUCAAGAUUUGAAAUUACACGAUUUAUCUUUGCUUUGUGUUUUAUUUUAUUAUUUUGAAUUUGAUCUGAGUUUGACUACAUUGAAUGGAAAUUUAAAAAAAAAAAUGUGUUUCGGAAACCACUUUUUACUAGAGAGAAACGGAUAAGAAACUUGUUAAAAAUAUGUGUAAAAAUAUUAUAAUAUUGCAAAGAUUUGAAUUUAUGUUUCUUGCAUCAUAAACUCCGAUUAAUCUUAGAUAACUGUAUGGUACGAAAUCAUAAAGAAAUAUGUACUUUGCAUUAUUGUUUGUGGAUUUACAUAUUGUCUCAGGGGCCGAGUUUUUAUCAUCAUUCACGACAGUUCAAGAAGACCCAUGCGGUUUAGUAUGCGUGGACCUCCCACCAGAGGAUACGGAACCAGUUUGUAUGAUGUUCAGUAGAUACAAGAAGGGCUACCAGUUCUUUGUGAAUGAAUGUCAAGCGCGGCGAGCAGUUUGCAGGGAGAAGUUGUUAUUACAUAUGGUCCACCCAAGCCGAUGUAUGAAAACGAAUCAAUUUUUCAUGCCGAUAAGUUAAUCAUGGAAAUGGAACUCUAGAUUUGAUGUUCUACCCACGCAUAUCCCAUGGGCAACAGCGGUUCACCAUGUUUUUUAAAUUGUCUCGUUUGUUUAUCCUUGUGGGAAGCUGUUUUAAUUAUGAUAACCUGUCGCUUGGUGUUUUUUAUUUUAAGGUGGCAACAACAGUGUUUCAUAUUAUGACCGUGCUAGGCACUUGAUAGGGAAAAAUAUUCUUUAUACUAAGUAAGAGGCUCAUCCUAGACACUAGACAGUUCCGACACCGACCAACACCAUCGCAUGCCAUGGACGGACCGUUUACAGUAGUCGGCGAGAAUAUUUUGCUGGUGCCGUUACGAUCCGUGCAUGACACGCGACGUUACCAAACUGGGGCCUUAUUCUCUAUCCCGCACGUUUUUUUGACAGUGCGUAACAAGCAUGUAACACAACGCACUUACACUUACACUUUCAUACAGAAUAAGGGCCCUGGUGCGCGCAGGAUACGAAACGGAAAGCUACGAUAUCAAUACUUUCUAGUGGGCAUAGAAGUCCGUGUUGUAUUUUCUUUCCAUGCUUGUUACAUCACGACAUGGUCAAACAAUUUCGUCACAAUGUAGUAUAAUCCGGUUAUGUGGGCAGACUCCUUUAAAAUGUAUACCUAGUUGUAUAGGUUCUCGUAUUCUGAAUUUAUAAUGGUUUAUGUAAUUUAUCAUAGACAUGAAACAUGCGGGAAUGGCUAGGUAUGGGAUGUUCUAUAAAUUAGAGCAUUUGGGUCCAGUUAGGGGACCAAAAAAAUACAACGUCUUAGUAGUUUUAAUUUGUUUUGGUCUACAAAGAACUUACCAGGUGAAGUGUUUUAAUUUUUCGUGCGAGGAUUUAUUAAAUAUGUUAGUUGAAUAUGACAGCCCGAAAAUGAACUUGUCUUUUAAAAUCAAACAUGAAUGAUUUUAUAUGAAUUUACACUGAUAAACAAUUGCUCAUUUAUUAUGCAAAAUGUACUCAAAGGGCAAUGAAUACAGUUUAAAAUGCUUUCUUUAAUGUUACUAGUUAAAAUUUAUAAUAAAGCGAGUAAGAUAAAAGGCCCAGUUUUUGCAGCCGCGCCACGUUUCCUACAUCGGCGUUACGAGGCGUCAUCUCGGUACGUGCCCAAACAACUCUAAUUAUAACCUUGGCAAUAUAACCAGACUAAUUAAACAAUUUCGUAGUAUUUUUAUGAAA